AUUCACUAUAAAAAAAUUGCAGAAAAACAGCAAUUUCAGAUGGGAACUGCUGCCGAUGAUGUUUGUGUGGUUAUGGUCCCUCUUCCAGCUCAAGGCCAUCUGAACCAGCUUCUUCAGCUGAGCUGCUUAAUCUCCUCCUAUGGCCUCCCAGUUCACUACGUCGGAUCCGCCAUCCAUAACAACCAGGCUCGGGUUCGGGCCAACGGAUUAGACCCGAAGAAACUAGCCACAGUCCAUUUCCACGAUCUUCCUCUUCCCGAUUUCGACUGCCCUUCUCCCAAUCCAAACGCGUCCGUUAGGUUUCCGGCGCAUUUGCAGCCAGCGUUCGACGCCUCGAAGCUUCUCCGCCACCCCAUUGCCGCCGUUCUGCGCGACCUGGCGGCGAAAGCCAGAAGAGUUGUGAUUAUUCAUGACAGUUUGAUGGCUUUGGUUGUUCAGGAUGUGGAAUCAAUCAGUAACGCUGAGUCCUACGCAUUUAAUUGCUUAUCGGUUUUCUCUUUACUGUCAUUCUUAUCCAAUGGAUUGGGAAACCAAAUCGCCAUUGAAGAAGAGGAAAUGCCCAGGGAAAAUCUUACAGAAGGAUGCAUGACCGAGAGCUUUGCCAUGUUUAUAGAGGCUCAUAAAGAGUAUCAAAAGUUGAGAGGGGGAGAUAUUCAUAACACCAACAGGUUGAUUGAGGGUCAAUUUAUUGAUUUAUUUGAGAAAGAUGGAUAUGUGGAGAAGAUGAAGCAAUGGUUUAUUGGUCCUAUACUCCCUGGCAUGAUUAUCUCAUCAAAGGAACAGAACCCAUGUUUAGCUUGGCUUGACAAGCAACCUCAAAACUCUGUCUUGUUUGUUUCGUUUGGUACGAUGACUUCAAUGUCGGAUGAGGAGGUUAGGGAGCUGGCUAUGGGGUUGGAGCUGAGCAAACACAGGUUUUUAUGGGUUUUAAGGGAUGCAGAUAAAGGGAACAUCUUUUCGGGGAAAUCAAGGAGGAUUGAGCUGCCGGAAGGGUUUGAAGAGAGGGUUAAAGGAGUGGGGUUAGUGGUCCGUGACUGGGCGCCUCAACCAGAGAUCCUGAGUCAUCGGGCUACAGGAGGGUUUAUGAGUCACUGCGGAUGGAAUUCCUGCAUGGAAAGCAUUACUCUCGGGGUUCCGAUGGCUGCUUGGCCCAUGCACUCUGACCAGCCAAUGAAUAGUUUUUUGGUGGCUAGAAUACUGAAAACCGGCCUGAUUGUAAGGGAAUGGGGGAAACGGGGAGAGGUGGUGAAGUCAUGGGCUAUUGAGAAUGUGGUGAGGAGACUUAUGGGGUCUGAGGAAGGAGAUGAGAUCAGGAAGAAAGCUCAAGAGCUUGGGGAAACCAUUAGAAAAUCAGCACAAGAAGGGGGUGUUUCUCGCAUGGAACUCGACUCUUUCAUUGCCCAUAUCACCAGAUAGGCACUGUUCAUUUUUACUGUAAAAUUUUACAUUCUGUCAUGCAUUAUAUUGCAUGUAACUGUGCUCUUCAAUAUAAUUAAUAAUGCUUUGUAGCUCAUCUGUCAUCAUAACUCACAAGCUCAGAAAGUUGCUUGUUUGUUUAUUUUUAUGAUAUACUAGUUUUCAACUAGAAUAAAAAGGUAAUUUGUGUUUUUUAA